UCCUCUAUUAACUUUAGCUGCAAAGAUCACCCAACGAAGCGGAGUGAAGCUACCAACUAAACACUCGCCGGAGAAUUGGUUUUCCUCCUCCUCCACCAUCAAAUUCCCAUAAACGGAGGUUUACUGAUUUAAACUUCCGCAACCUAGCCUGAAACUUGUUUUUCUUUUGUUUUCCGGCGGGCAAAAUCUGAACUUCCGGGCCGGAGAAUUAUUCACCGGAGCUGGGACAAGUCGUGCUUCGCAUGAUGGGAUUUUGCAUCUGCCCGUUGGGAACUCCGGCGAGGUUGCUCUGGUGCUCCAGCUUCUUCCGCCACAAGCUAAUGCUGUUCUAAUAAACUCUACUAUACUUUCGAGAAAUUAUCCCUUCCAAAAUUAAUCAUAGUAUAGAGAUUUCUACAACUCUAUAUCAGAGUUUCAGAGAGAAUUAUAUACACAUACAUACACGUGCUUGUGUGUGGGGAUAUUGGAUUGAUAACCCGGCCGCCGCAGAUCUGUGAAGAGAGAUGGAAUCCGGGCGUAUUUACUUUGAUCCGACGUCUUGCCACGGGAACAUGUUGUUUCUUGGGAACGGCGACUCCGGUUUUCGAGGAGCAAGAUCGGUGAUGAGCAUGGAGGAACCCUCCAAGAAGCGACCUUUUUUCAGCACGCCGGAAGAACUGUACGAUGAAGAAUAUUUCGACGAGCAGUUGCCGGAGAAGAAACGCCGUCUCACUCCCGAGCAGGUGCACUUGCUGGAGAUGAGCUUUGAGGCGGAGAACAAGCUAGAGCCAGAGCGGAGGGACCGCUGGAAGACGAAGCAGCUGGAGAGAGACUACGAUCAGCUCAAGUCCUCCUACGACUCCCUCCUCUCCAACUACGACUCCAUUCUCAAGGAAAACGACAAGCUUAAAGCUGAGCUUCUUUCCUUGACUGAGAAGUUGCAACCCAAAGAACCCGCUGGAGAUUGUCAGAAAUCUGAUCCACUCCCGGCGGACGUGCCGCCAUGCCUUGAACUGACCGUGAAGGCGGAGGACCGCCUGAGCACCGGCAGCGACAACAGCGUAGUUGUGGAUGAUGAUGGGCGUCAGCUUCUUGACAGUGUGGACUCAUACUUCCCAAACAAUGGCUAUACUGGCUGCGUGGCCAUCCACUCGGAGGAGGAUGCCGGCAGUGAUGACGGGGGAAGCUACUUUUCUGAUGUGUUCGCGGCGGCGGCGGAGGAGCAGCAAGAGCAGAUGGGCUGGUGCAUCUGGUCUUAAUUUAGAUUAGCGUGUUAAUUAAUUAAUACAUCAUUAAGCUGCUAGCCUUGUCUAAAAUAAUAUACUAUACUGCUAUGAGUGGGCUGGUGCUUUUGUAUUGCGUUCAAUUGUAAUGUGGUAGCUCAUGUAUGAUAGUUGGUGCAAUAUGCAACUUUAAUUUCCCCAAGGUUUAGCAAUUAGAAUAUGGAAAUAAUAAGGAAUAAAACGACAGCAAAUUGUCGAUUAGUGCAAGGAAAAUUGGAAAUCUCA